AUAGGGAUUAGGGAUAGGAAGCCUCAUUGUUCCGAUUUUGCUCUUUUGAAUCAAAUCCUUCCCAAACAACACACCUAAGCUGCAUAGUGGCCGGCAAUGGUAGAAGCUCAAACAUGGGCGACAAGGCGAGGGAGCAACCCCAGACUAGAGACAGACCAGGUCGUUGACAUUCCUGCUACUCCCACCAGCGAAGUACGCAACUACAGUUCCCUUAGCGGUCAUUUCCUCUCUCCCAACUUGAUCACUGCCCUAAUCAUCGCCUCAUGGUAUCUCUCCAACAUCGGAGUUCUCCUCCUCAACAAGUAUCUCCUCAGCAUCUAUGGCUAUCGCUACCCAAUCUUCCUCACAAUGCUCCACAUGCUCUCCUGUGCCGCUUACAGCUUCAUUGCUAUUCACGGCCUCCAACUCGUUCCCUUCCAGCAGAUCCUCUCCCGCCGACAGUUCUUUAAGAUCGCCGCCCUCAGCGUCAUCUUCUGCUUCUCCGUCGUCUGUGGUAAUACCUCUCUCCGUUACAUCCCAGUCUCCUUCAACCAAGCCAUUGGCGCAACAACCCCUUUCUUUACUGCCGUCUUCGCUUUCCUCAUUAUUUGCAAGAAAGAGUCCCCUCAGGUCUAUCUCGCGCUUGUACCCGUCGUGUUUGGGAUCGUCAUUUCCACCAAUAGCGAGCCUCUUUUCCAUCUCUUUGGCUUCCUGGUCUGUAUCGGAUCCACCGCCGGCCGAGCUUUGAAGUCGGUGGUUCAAGGAUUGCUGUUGACAUCGGAGGCGGAGAAGCUUCAUUCCAUGAAUCUGCUUCUCUACAUGGCUCCUAUGGCUGCUACGAUUCUGCUUCCAUUCACUCUGUACAUUGAAGGCAAUGUGGCUGCAUCCACCUUCGAAAAGGCGAAGGAGGGCCCCUUUAUAGUAUUUCUGCUUUUGGGAAAUGCAACGGUGGCCUAUUUGGUGAACUUGACGAAUUUUCUGGUGACCAAGCAUACGAGCGCGUUGACGCUCCAGGUUCUGGGGAAUGCUAAAGCUGCCGUGGCGGCAGUCGUAUCGGUAUUGAUUUUCAGGAAUCCGGUGACGGUGAUGGGGAUGGCGGGCUUUGCUGUGACGAUCUUGGGGGUGGUGCUUUACAGCGAGGCUAAGAAGAGAUCCAGAGUUGCCGCUCAUUAACCAGAUUAUUGAUUUUAAUUGAUCAAUUAAUUCAUCGGUGGCCGCCAUCUCGGGUAUGCACCUGAAGAACUGCAAUUUUAUGUCCAAAACCCUUGCCUUAUAUCUUUCAAUUUUAACUCCAAUUUUCCAACAUAAUUCAUCAAUUUUUAGCCAAAAAGACACAGUAGAUCACCAACUGAAUAAUGGGAUCAAAUUUAAUUGUAUAGGCGGGUUUUUGUAGUCCAAGCCUUCUUUUCCGUUUUGCUUUC